CCGGGUGGGAGAGUAUAAAAUGCCCCGCCUUGCGGACAUCACUAGUUACUUCUUACACAGGACUCAUAAAGGCCUAGCUGUGAGAGCUAACGUAGUCUCUUUCUCCUCUUAAUCAGAACUCCUACGGGCUCCACAUCUUAAGGAAACAUGCGUGAGUGUAUCUCGGUGCACGUCGGUCAGGCUGGUGUCCAGAUUGGCAAUGCCUGCUGGGAGCUUUACUGCCUGGAACAUGGGAUCCAGCCGGACGGACAGAUGCCCAGUGACAAGACCAUUGGAGGAGGAGAUGAUUCCUUCAACACCUUCUUCAGUGAGACUGGAGCUGGAAAGCACGUCCCCAGAGCUGUCUUUGUGGACCUGGAGCCCACUGUCAUCGACGAGGUGCGCACUGGGACUUAUCGCCAGCUGUUUCACCCUGAGCAGCUGAUCACUGGCAAGGAGGAUGCUGCCAACAACUACGCCCGUGGACACUACACCAUCGGCAAAGAGAUCAUUGACCUGGUGCUGGACAGGAUCCGUAAACUGGCUGACCAGUGCACUGGCCUUCAGGGCUUCCUGGUCUUCCACAGCUUUGGAGGUGGCACCGGCUCUGGUUUCACCUCCCUGCUGAUGGAGCGUCUGUCUGUCGACUACGGCAAAAAGUCCAAGCUGGAGUUCUCCAUCUACCCAGCUCCCCAGGUGUCCACCGCUGUGGUGGAGCCCUACAACUCCAUCCUGACCACCCACACCACCCUGGAGCACUCUGACUGUGCCUUCAUGGUAGAUAACGAGGCCAUCUACGAUAUCUGCCGUAGGAACCUCGAUAUCGAGCGUCCUUCCUACACCAACCUGAACAGGUUGAUCAGUCAGAUUGUGUCCUCCAUCACUGCUUCCCUUCGUUUCGAUGGUGCCCUCAAUGUUGAUCUGACCGAGUUCCAGACCAACUUGGUGCCAUAUCCCCGUAUCCACUUCCCUCUGGCCACCUAUGCCCCUGUUAUCUCUGCUGAGAAGGCUUACCAUGAGCAGUUAACGGUGUCAGAAAUCACCAACUCCUGCUUUGAGCCAGCCAAUCAGUUGGUAAAAUGUGAUCCUCGCCACGGCAAGUACAUGGCUUGCUGCCUUUUGUUCCGUGGUGACGUGGUGCCCAAAGAUGUGAAUGCUGCCAUUGCUGCCAUCAAGACCAAGCGCUCCAUCCAAUUUGUGGACUGGUGCCCCACUGGUUUCAAGGUGGGCAUCAACUACCAGCCACCCACUGUAGUUCCUGGUGGAGACCUGGCCAAGGUCCAGAGGGCUGUGUGCAUGCUGAGCAACACCACUGCUAUUGCAGAGGCCUGGGCUCGACUUGACCACAAGUUUGAUCUGAUGUACGCUAAGCGUGCCUUUGUUCACUGGUAUGUGGGUGAGGGUAUGGAGGAGGGAGAGUUCUCUGAGGCCAGAGAGGACAUGGCAGCUCUGGAGAAGGAUUAUGAGGAGGUUGGAGCUGAUAGCAUGGGAGAUGAGGAUGAGGGAGAGGAGUAUUAAUAAUGUGGGAGAUGAGGAUGAAGGAAACCUUCACUUCUAUGAUCUCUGAUCUGUAUUAAUGUCAAAAAUAAAGUUUGUCCAUUGAAAACUG